AAGAAAGUUAUUGUACUGAGAAGGAAUACAAGAUAUUUCCAGAUCAAAAAUAUUGUUUGAAACAUUUUUCAACGGGACAAACAUGGGAGGAUGACAACAUAAGAUGUCGACAAGACAGCGGGUAUUUAAUAUCGGUGUAUACUCGACAAGAUUUGACUAAUUUAAGAUCUCUGAAUAAGUAUAACCAUUACUUGUAUAUCGGAGCUCACAGAAAGUGGAAUGGAAGAGAUUUCGUUUGGACAACUGGUGGAACGGUAUCCAAGAUGUUCUGGAAUUCUGGUGAACCGAACAGUGCUUUUGGUACAGAGAUGUGUGCUACAUUGUUACCAUCUAGUCGCUUUGACGAUAUACCGUGCAACAGACCAAUAGAGUUAGAAUUGUUAGCAACUGUGGAUAUUCUUGGAUUUAAACCAAGUUCUUCUUUAAUUUGUAAAGUUUUCUAG